UGUUUAUAGAGUAUUUUCACAUAUUAAAGCGCAUAUGGAAACUUUUAAAUUCAUUUUUUUAUCUACAAAGUCGACAUCAGAGUGAAAGUACGUCGUUAACGCUGUCGUAACGUGGCCACGCCCUUCUUUGUUACUGUGGAAACCAAUGAAGUGCAUGAUUGUAGUAAGUGAAGCCCCCGGUCUCUGAAUUAGCUGGCGAAGAUUUACAUCAUUUCGACACCAAAAACCCCAAACUGUGUGGCUGCUUGGACGAAGAUAAAACCUAUCGUGAUGCGGAAGUCCCGAUACGUUUAUCAAGAGGAGUAAAGGGCAGGUUUGUCACGAACCAUAGACAUGGGAAAAGACGCACAGGAGAUCGAGGCUACAGAUUUUUCUGAAAUCAAAAGACCCAAGGAAAAUGCAGAAGACGAGGAAAGUGAGAGGCACGUGGAGGUGGAGGAGGAAAGAAGAACACCUCGGAUCCCUCUGUACCGCUGGGUCAUGCAUGCAGCAGUAAUGUUUGGGAGAGAGUUCUGCUACGCAAUGGAAACUGCGCUGGUGACACCCGUGCUUCUGCAGAUAGGUCUUCCUGAGCAGUAUUACAGUUUAACCUGGUUCUUGAGUCCUAUUCUGGGUCUGCUCUUCACUCCUGUGAUUGGCUCUGCCAGCGAUCGCUGUCGCCUGCGGUGGGGCCGUAGAAGGCCGUUUGUUCUGGCUCUUUGUCUGGGCGUGCUGCUCGGCGUGGCUCUGUUUCUAAAUGGGUCCUUGAUUGGUCUCUCCAUUGGCGACAGCCCAAACAGCCAGCCAAUCGGCAUCGUUCUCACGGUUUUAGGUGUGGUCGUGCUGGACUUCUCCGCCGAUGCCUCAGAGGGACCCAUCCGAGCAUACCUUCUGGACGUGGCGGACACCGAAGAGCAGGACAUGGCUUUGAAUAUCCAUGGCCUCUCAGCAGGACUCGGAGGAGCAGUGGGAUACAUGUUAGGAGGACUGGACUGGACCGGUACAGCUCUGGGCAGAGCGUUUAAAUCCCAAGAACAAGUCCUAUUCCUUUUUGCUGGAAUCAUCUUCAUAGUUUCAGUCACUCUGCACAUGCUCAGUAUUCCCGAGCGUCACUUUGCUUCCAAAAGGCAGAAAGAAGCAGGAGACGGGGACGAUACCAGCCAGCUGUCCUUAAAGCCAGUUGGAGGCGUUCCCCUGCCGCUAAGUGCAAUCCCAGAAGAAGAUAUUUUUAUAGGGGACAUGGAGAGUCAUCCCAACAGAGAGGAAGCAGACUUUCUGUUAAUAGACAAAGCGCGGAGUAAAAGUGAUUCUGUCUUAGCCAUGCCGGAUGCUACUAUUCACCUGGAUCCAGACCUCAACUUGGAGUCGCAGGUGUUUUUGCCAAACACAGACUUUUUACCUGAAACGCAUUUCGAAGAUGUUUUUAAGCCUUCAGACAACAACACAGACACCUUACCUUCUACGGGUGAUUCACCCCACCUUUUUGAUGAGCCAGCUAAUGUGGUUUUAACCACAUUAGUGGAUCCAGAAAGUGAAGAACUGUCUGUUUGUCAAGCCAGCUGUGCAGUGAAGGAUGCACAUGCAGGACAGGAGAUCAAAGCGGUCAAUGGGAUUCUUGCUCCCACCUCUUUAGACGGUUCCAAUGUGGUCAAAGGACACCCUUCUAAUAAACUGGGAAACCGUACUGCUGCUGUUACAGUUUCCGCGCGGGCUCAUAGGCCAACUUUCUACAGACAACCAUCGUUUACAUUCUCCUAUUACGGGAGAGUAGGACCCCAGCGCUGUCGACUGCGCCACGCCAGACCUUUCAGUCCUCGUCCCAUCACUACAUCCCGCAGUCUGAAUGAUCUGCGGGACAUCCGGAAGCCUCUGCGCCGGAAGAAGCUGCAGCUGUCUGUGAGCACUCUGUCCUCCGAGGCCUCCAGCACUGAAGGAGGUCCAGAUUUGGGCAGAACCGUCCAACUGCUGUGGCUGUCCAUGUUCAAGAUGCCAAAGCAGCUGUGGAGACUUUGUGUGUGUCACUUACUCACAUGGUUCUCCAUUAUAGCUGAAGCUGUGUUUUACACCGAUUUCAUGGGACAAGUCGUCUAUGAAGGAAGCCCCACGGCACAAGCCAAUUCUACAGAGCUGCAAAAUUAUCACAAAGGCGUACAGAUGGGCUGCUGGGGGCUGGUGGUCUAUGCUGGUACUGCUGCAGCUUGCUCUGCCAUCCUUCAGAAGUCUCUGGAUAAUUUUGACCUGAGCAUUAAGGUCAUCUACAUCGUUGGAACUUUGAGCUUCUCAGUAGGAACUGCAGUUAUGGCAGUCUUCCCUAAUGUCUAUGUGACCAUGAUAAUGAUCAGCACCAUGGGCGUCAUCUCCAUGAGUAUCUCCUACUGUCCAUAUGCUCUGCUGGGGCAGUACCAUGAAAUCAAAGAGUACAUUACCCACAGUCCAGCUAACACUCGAAGAGGAUUUGGUAUAGACUGCGCCAUAUUAUCCUGCCAGGUGUAUAUCAGUCAGAUUUUGGUUGCCUCUGCCCUUGGAUCGGUGGUUGAUGCCGUCGACAGCGUCCGUGUCAUUCCUAUAGUGGCCUCUGGAGGCUCUUUCCUCGGCUUCCUCACCGCCUUUUUCCUCGUCAUUUAUCCGGAUCCUGAGCCUGACAGCUCCGAGUCGGACCAGAGCUCGGACAGUUUACCUGCAGAGGAAGACCAGGCCUCAGAAAAGACCAAAGAUCCCACAGUGCUGAGCCUCCCAGACGGAGCUGGAGAUGGAGACAGCUUGAAGAGGACUGAGAAUAUCGCCUAAAGCUGUCGGCUUUUUGUUUAACAGCCAAGAGAGGAGUCGUGUUCAUUUAAGAGGAACACGGGCAAGAAACAAAGAAAAACAUUACAGGAAGUAGACAUUCCAAUGUUGAAAAAUCUUGACGGGGUGCAUUAAGGUAAAGAAAAAGGGGUGGAUCAAAAGUAGCAAAUAGAUUUUUUUGAAUUUCUGUCCAUUCUGAACUGCUUAUGAUGUUACUACCUCAAUUUAAAUCCAUGCAAAUGUUCAGCUGAUGAAAUCACUACUAGUAAGCCAUUAGAAAAAAAAUCUGCCAGACGGCAGUAAAGUGAUCAAUGGUAGCAUGAGACACUUUGUCUCACUUUAUGUCAGGAUCAUUCACACAGAAGCUGCUUCACAACUGCUGAGGGGACAAUCACAAAACCCUAAUAGUGUUACUUUCUUUAUUUCUGUGCCCCACUUCUUCAAAAAGUCUACAUAAGGGUUGAUUAUUAUAAAAGCAAAAUGUUCUCAUAAUUCUUUAACUAAAACAUUUUAUAUUAUAGCCUUAACUACAGAGAAUAAAACGUCUAACUUCAGUAGAAAUUGUAUGUACUUUUUUGGGACAACUAGAAAUCCAAGUAAGUUUUCCACGUAAGAUGUAAAAUCUAAUUGAAAAAAAUCUGAAAAAAUGUGGACUGUAAAUCCCAAUGUUAUUUGUUGGUUUGACUGUUGUGGAUAUUCAGAAUGUUGGAUUUCAUUGUGAUAGUAUUGUGUAAAAAGAAAAAGAAAACAUUGAAAUGGCAGCUAAGAUGACGGUUAACGUUAUAUCAAGUCAGCUAACUUCAACAAGUGAGAGUUUUUAGACAAAAUAUCGUUUAGUUCUUUUAAAUUAAAAAUAUCUCCUCUUUUUGUAUACUUCAGAUACAAUUUACAUUUAAGCUCCAAAAAUAUAAUUUCAUCUCUCAAAAAAAGAAAAAAACCCCAAAAUGAACGUUUAUUGUGUUUUCAUUUCCCCAGAAUGCAAGUCACUAAUGAAAAUCUAGCAAUCACCCAUAAAAAUUGUUGAUAAAACUAAAAGUUCAUGCUGAAAAAAAGGCGAGUCCACAUCUAUGCUAGCUUGACUUUACCUCCACUGUUGCUACAACCAAGUGAGCCUUUAACCGAACUCAGGAAUCUCCCAGACACAGUUUUGUCUAGAAAAAAAAAAAAAUAGUCCAGAGGAGAUAAAGUCUAAACAUGACCACAGCAGGGAGCACUUUAUGCAUCUUUGCAUUGAUGUAAGGAUUCCAAAAAAAGACUAUAUGCAGGCAGUCUGUCAUUGCAGUGUGUGGUUUGUGUUUUUUAAGCACCUUUUAUUGCCAGGUGAUGUGUAUCUUCUAUUUUUUAGUGUUACAGGUACUUCUUUGAAGGUACAGACACAAAAGCUUUAACUUUAUUAUGUCAAGUGGCUAAAAAUGAACCUAUUUUUACCACAAAGUUUGUUUUAGCCUUAGUUUUUGUUUAAGAGACUAAACAUAGUUUAAAAAUGUUACAAAAGGCUAAAUCUGUUUUCAGAUUCUAUACUUGUUGGUGCCAAACUACUGUGAUGCAGAACCUCUGAACACGCCCUGAGGUAAUCUGAUCAUUUAGUUAAAACUUCUGAGAUGGCAUUUUAUCUUUUGCUUUGACAUGCUGAUGCUUGCGUUAAGACAGAUUUGGUUCUGUUUGCUGCUGUACAAAUCUUUAUCUUCUUUUUGGCCAAACUUACACUUUUAGCCUGCUGAUUUUUAUUUUUGUCAUACAGAAAUGUGGUUUAUUGUUAAAGUGCAAUGUUGGAUGACAGAUGUGGUUUUAGGUCUGUAAGUUGAACUGUCAUAGAUGUCUAUUAAAACAUGUUGCCUUCUUGAAA